AGCAAAAUUAGUCUACAUUUAAGGCUAUUGUUUAUUUGUGUAUUUCACACUACGUUGAAGUAAAAAUGCUUGUAUGGAUGUCAACCCCAAUACAUGUUCAUGUCAUCAAUCAACUGCAUUACAGGUUAAAACGACUUUGACGACCACCUCUGAGUUCUGUAUGCUAGUGUGUGUGUGUGUGUGUGUGUGCCAAUCCAGAGUCCUUCUAUCCCCCCACGGUCUUCAUUCCAAUGACCUCUUCACCCUUCUAUCCCCAUUACCUCCCUGAUCUCUUUCCAGGAGUUCAAACUAAUUUUUGUGUCUUAGAAAUCCCUAGACAAGGUAUCAUAAAUAUGUGUUUUUAUUUGUUAACUUGUUCUGAUAGCCUGUCGUCAAAAGUUCUCCAUGUUUGUUGUCAAGGAAGUUGUCAAGGAAGUAAAUUUGUGUUUACACAGGAUGUACCUCCCCACCUACCGUCAACCAAUCAUGUUACGAAUUUGGGAGGCGCACGGCAUCGCCAUACGGAGCUCGAUUUGGCCUCAUCGAGCCUCCAGAGGCACUGCAGAUCAAGCUUAAAUUGGCUUUAGGCUGAAACAAGGCUUAAAACUAAUUUAUGCUUGCUCCAGCAAUAUGAGCUGGAGGUUCCGUACGGAGGGUGUGACGCAAUGGCGGAGGCUCUGGAGGCCAAAUCGAUCUCCGUACUGCAUCUCCGUGCUCCUUGACGAAAGGUGAGGGCUGGAUGUCCUGCAUAAACACAAACUCACUUCCUUGACAACUUCCUUCACAACAGCUCUACUCUGCACGACGAAGUGAUGUAUGGCCACUGCAGAUGUCGGGUUGACCAUGCAGAGCCUUUUAGUUGUAUGUACAUGCUUGUGUUUAGCCAGAGUCAGAGUUUUUAGAGCUAAGUGCACUUUUUGGCUAGGCUACAGAUGGAUUAAUACUUAAUUGUUCCGUUUUUUUUUUUAUAGAAAAUAUUGCUUACUUUUUACUAACUUGCUGUAGUUGAUAUUUUCUACAAUUACUAAUAUCUAAAUAUCUGAAUUACAGAUUUUAAAUUUGAAACAAAAAAAUGUUGUUUUUUUCCCAGAAAUAUUUGUCAUAUAUUUUACCAGACAUUGUAAAUAAUGAUACCCUAAACAAGCCACUUCUUAUUGUAUAUUGGAGAAUUCCAUAAUGAGGGAUGUCUGUAAAACCCAUACCUUCAGGUAUGUACAGUUAUGUUGAUGAGUGUCACCUAUGUCAUCUACAGGAAAUGUAAACCAUAAAACUAUUUCUUAUUUUUCCCUACAAUUUUCAUUCUCAGAAAAGACAUCCGGUAUGUAUUAUUCGAGGAGUUAAUGAUCAUGAUGAUGAUGAUGAUGAUGAUGAUGAACACACGCGCAAUUUCUUGAAUAGCUGGACAAUUCCGCUAGGGGGAACGCAUACUCGUGAAUAGAGACUGGAAUAGGGAGGGGGAAUCCCGAACGGCAAUAAAACAGCUCCCGCAACACUGGCACUUCAGCCAGGGCACUACUUUUAACAGAACUGCGCGAAUUUAGGUAAGACAAUCACAAAGAUUUUGCGCACUGGGACACUUUUCUAAACCCGUCUUACAACUGUUACUCAAACCAAUUGCACAGUUAGUGCUUUGUAAAGUGAUUCUCGUUUCGGCAUUGUUUUUGGUAGGCUGUUUUAUCGUUCAAGAACAUCACGUUUGAUCCGCUAGUAAAGGUAGAGUGGUAUUUUAUUAUCCGCUGGUAAAACUGCAUUGAGGAUUAUCCAUGCAUAUAUUCUUUGUCUUUAAUUACAAUCGUACAAAUAGAGGUUGAUAAAGUACUUGUGAAGGAUACACAUUUUUGAUAUGGGUUAAUAAUUCAAAGGGGGCUCCCGAGUGGUCUAAGCGGUCUAAGGCACUGCAUCUCAGUUUUUGAGGCGUCUCUACAGACACCUUGGUUCGAAUCCAGGCUGUAUCACAACCGGCCGUGAUUGGGAGUCCCAUAGGGCGGUGCACAAAUGGCCCAGCGUCGUCCGGGUUUAUCCGGGCUGUGAACCUCUUCAGUUCUGAGGGAGGUCCUCGAUUCAUUCAGGACUAGUGUGGACCCAGCAAACAAACAACGUUGUCUUAACGUUGACUCUCUAUAAAUGGAGUCUCACAGACACGGAGUGAGUGGCUCUUCUCCAGACUUCAGUAGAAUACAACAGGGCUACAACAUGCAGCAGCCUAGGCCUGGUCCCAGAGGCAGCCCUCGACCUCACAGCGACAGCAGCAGCAUGUUCGGGGUUAGGGUACAAGUUCAGGGAAUUGAGGGUCUUCCUUACGUUGUGUUGAACGGGGAUAGUAAAGCAGCUCUGCCAUCUGGUGGCCUGGAGAGCUACAGCAGGAACUGGGACCACCAGGAAGUGUUUGUCAAUGCCCACAGCCAGUCUGAGUACACCUUCAUGGUGAAUGAUGGGCGAUCUUCAUUCGGUACUCCCAAUGUGGAGCGCAGACCUCCCAACCACCAGAGGGAGUAUGCUGGUGGAGGUGCUCAGACUGAGGUUAAGGAAUCACAGAGGACCGUGCCGACAUCUAACACGGUGUUGAACUUCCAGAGACACCCAGAGCUGCUGAAACCUUACAACCCAGACAGGAACAGCCUCAGUCCCCUCCUAGCCUCCACACGAAGACUUUCUGUUCCGCCCAAUCAGACAGCCUCUGUACCUAGGCCGGGACAUCUCACCACAUCUCUCCAGAGUGGGGCAGAGGCCACCUUGAUCCAGGCAGCAGGGUCUAGACCAGGAGCAGCCAGGAUCCCUCUGACUGCUGGGGGUGUAGAGUGGGCCCCCACCCCUGUCUCGGCCACCAUCCUAACCCAAUGCCCAGGCCCUGCCCCUGUCUCAGCCCCCACCCAGACCCAAUGCCCAGGCCCUGCCCCUGUCUCGGCCCCAGCGCCCCACCACUCUUUGACUACCUUACUAAGCCCCCCAAACGAGGUCACCAACAUCCCCAGACGAUCCCCAAACUCAGUGGACACAGAGCCCAUCUCCUCCAUAGGUAGCCUGAUCAACCAGUUCGACAGCCCCCAACAGAUGGGUCGAGCUGGGCCUAGGAGAGGGAGGAUAGCCCCUGAGGACCGGAGGAGGUCACGUAGCGUGGACAGCAGACAACAGUGUCACUCAUACCCAUUGGACCCCUCCAGCCCUGCCUCGGUCAUCGGAGGGGCCAGGGGAGAGACUCCAGGCGGAUCCACCAGCGCCCCAGGGUCACCUAAGGUGAGAGGGGCCAACGGACCCUCCACUGUGAUGUUUAAUAGACUACAGUUGGAGGAGAAAGAGCCUAGCGGGAGCUCAUCCAGAGUGGUGAAUUUGCUGUACGGAGUGGAGGAGACCUCCAUGACCAGAUCCAGGUGUCUCAACCACACGGAGGAGGAGUCAGAGAGAGACAAUCAGAUCAUCACUCCAGAUCUUCUGGGAGGUCAGAGGGGUCAGCACGAGGUCUCAAUUGAACCACAACCAAAUGAAGACACCGCCAAAAAGAUAGUGUUCACUUACCUCAAUGAUGGGACUACUGACAAAACCUCAAUCACUGAGAAGAAGGUGAACCUGGUGUUUGACAGAAUCAACCAACUGAAGUGGAAGACUGCAGAGAACGUGGAGGAGGAGAUCAGGGACUAUGCUGCGAAGGUCAAGGAGGCGAAGGAGCUUCAGAUGACAGGAGCAGAGCUGGAGAGAGAGGUGUCACAGCUGAAGACACAGCUGGAGCAUAAGACCAUGAGUGGUCGGAGUCUGGCGGAGGUGUGUUACAAGGCCCAGACAGACAUGAAGAAUAUUCAGGAGGAACUGGACAGGAGACAGGAAGAACUCUCUGCGCUGCGGGAUAGGCUGGCUCAGAUGGAGGCGGAGCUCGAGGUCGCCAUAGAGGAGCUAGUCCGGGUGAAGACUGAGAGAGAGCAGGGCCGUACAGAGAUGAAGGACCUUCAGCAGCAGCUGUCUGAGAUGCACGAUGAGCUGGACCAGGCUAAGAACACAACACAGGCAGACGGCACAGAGAAACAGCUCCUUCUAACGGAUCUUGCCCAGCUGCGGUUGGACCUCCAGGGGCUCAUUCAGGUGCAGGAGGAGCAGGAGGAGGAGCUACACUGGAGGGAGAGGGAGCUGACUGCCCUGAAGGGAGCCCUGAACGAGGAGGUGGAGAGUCAUGACAAGGAGCUGGGCAUUAUGAAGGAGGUGCGCGACAAGGAGGUGCAGAAGCUCCGAGAGGAAGUUGAGGAGGUGAAAGAGAGUAACACAAUGCUGGGCCAGGAGAAGAGGGAGAUGGAGGAGGAGAGAGGGGAGGCACGGGGACAGGUGAAUCAGCUGAUGCAGGAGAGGGAGGAACUGAGGGGACAGGUGGAGGAACUGGAGAGUAGGGUGGAGCAGCUUAACCUCGUCAUCAAGGACUCCAAAACCCUGCAGAGACAGCUGGUGAAAUGCAUAGAGCAACUCAAGAGGGAGAAACAGCAGGUUGAGGAGACUCUAGAGGAGGUGAGGGAGAAGGAAGAGGAAAUGUCCCAGGCAAACAAAGCCCUUCUCGUACGUCUGGAGAAUGUACAGAGUGAGAUGACCCAGCUGAACCAUCAGCACAGGGAGAUGAAGGAGAGGCUGAAGGAGGAGACGAGAAGAACAGAGGAGUUGAAGAGGAUGAAGAGUGAUCUGGACGAGGAGAGGAGACUGCAGAACAGCACUGUGGAGGAACUGCAGAAGGAGAUGAGUACUAUAGUAGAGGGCUGUGAGGUGUCCACUGAGAAGCUCCAGCUCCAGGUUGAUGAAGUCAGAGAGAAGAGCCACUCCGCGCUGUCUGAGCUCCAACAACAGCUGCAGGAAAAGGGAGUGGAGUUGGAGAAAUCCCGACAGACUACCAGAAAACUGCAGAAAGAGCUGCUUCCCCUGGAGCAGGGUCUGGAGCGGGGUCGUAGGGAGUGGGAGGAGGCCCAGCAGAGAGGCAGACAGCUGGAGAGGAAGGUGGAGGAGCUGGAGGAGAGGAACGCACAUGCCCACGAGGACCACGCCCGACAGGUCAAACUCAUGGAGGGUGAGGUGAGCCAUCUGGAGCGUGAUCUGAGUGAGGAGAAGAACAGUGCAGAUCUCCUGAUGGACAGAGUGGACCAAUGGAAACAACAGAUGGAGCUGAUAAGAGUUGAGCUGCUGCAGGAGAGUGCAGUCAAACAGGACCUGGAGUGUGAAAAGAUCACUCUGGAGAGACAGAAUAAGGAUCUGAAGAGCAGGGUGUCUCAUCUAGAGGGCUCCCAGAGAUCCAACCAGGAUGUUGUGGUCUCCAGGCUGGAGGGAAGGGUCCAGGAGCUGGAGGGCAGGCUGGAGGGAGAGGAAAGAGACAACAUCAACCUGCAACAAGCCAACAGGAAACUAGAGAGAAAAGUGAAGGAGAUGACGAUACAGGUGGACGAUGAGCACAUAUCUAUGCAGAACCAGAAUGACCAGUUGAACCAGAGGCUGAAGAGUGUGAAGAGACAGAUGGAUGGGGCUGAGGAGGAGAUAGAGCGACUGGAAAACUCUAAGAGGAAGUUACAGAGAGAUCUGGAUGAACGGAUAGAGACCAAUGACCAGGUCCUCAGCCAGCUCAACACCCUGCGCUCAGAGAUGAGGCGUAAGCAACAGAAAUCAGCACCGCUCCAGAUGAUCCUUAAGGGUGUGGAUGAUGUCAACACUGACUGACUGACUGACUUCUAGUACUCCUUGGUGACAUGUUGUAAUGCACUGACUACAGCGUGGUGGGGGAAAAUACAAGCAGUCAAGUCCGAUAUUUCCUGAUAUUUCUCACAAAGGGUUGGUAAAGCACUGUGAGGACUUGGGAAUGAAAAGUACGACAGAAGUUUCUCAUUAACGAUAUUUCACCUGUACAACUCAACUGUGGGCUCACCUGGUGAUUUCAUAACCUUUUGCUCUAGACUGACCUCUAGUGGGUAUUCUAUAACUCCAGAGUUCUAUGGAGUUCCAGAAGAAAGAUCACUAAUAAUAUAUAUAUAUAUAUAUAUAUUUUUUUUUUUGCUUUUCACCAGGGGCACAACAUUCACAACCCCCACCAGGGGCACAACAUUCACAACCUCCACCAGGGCACAACCCCCACAUUCUGAAAUUGCAUUUUUGUCCCCCCCACACAGUUGCAUCAUUGGAAUGUGAUACAAAACGAGGCAACUGUGUGCUUUAGGACCAUGCAGACGCAUCCAAGCAGUCGGGCAGGCUGUUUGGAGUGUUUAUCUGACUGAAAAAAAAAAAAAAAAAUAUAUAUAUAUUUAAAAAAUGAUGCCUCCCCCCACUUCUAAAACCAAAGUUGCACCCUUGCUUUUCACUAUCAUAAAACAUUAUUCUGUGCUCCAUCAUUUUGUAUUUACAUAAAGUAUUUAACCUAUGAAUAAAUGCGUUAUUUAUUACUAAAUUGUGAGAAAUUAAGAUUUGAAGGAAGGCUUCCUAUCUGCAAAGUUCAAAGGUACAUCUCAGAAUAUCUUAUACAGUGUGAGACCCUCCCCCAUUUCACACUUUAUGCAUGCAAUCCACCCCCAUUGUUAGGAACCUCUCCUCAUCUUUACUCUACCUGUAGCCAUGCCAACGGAAUCAGGGGUAGGAGUAAACUACUUGUAACUCACAACUUGCUGAUAUCGUUCAUCUACACAAUGGUAUUAUUUCUGUGGAAUAUUGUCUAAACCUGCCGUUUUGAUAACAAACUGCGACUAAUAAACUUGAGCAUGUGUAA